AUGUCGUCCAUCCCCCAAACACAGAAGGCCGUGGUAGUGGAAGAUGUUGGCGGCCCGGAGGUCCUCCAAUACCGCACCGACUAUACCGUCGCCCAGCCAGGAGAAGGCCAGGUCCUCGUCAAGAACGCAGUGGCAGGCAUCAACUACAUCGACACCUACUUCCGCACCGGUCUCUACCCCUCGGCAAAGCCCGAAGUUCUUGGCCGCGAGGCGGCCGGCACAGUGGUCGCAUUGGGCCCCAACACAGAGCAGUACAACUUGCAAGUAGGCGACCGGGUGCUUUGGCUGGGAAAUGCCGGAUAUGCCGAAUACUCGGCCGUGCCGGCUGCCAAGACGGUCAAGCUCCCGGACUCGGUCUCGUACGAAACGGCCGUUGCGAGCUUCAUGAGCGGCCUCACCGUGCUUGCCCUGACGCGGGAGACAUAUGAGGUCAAGCCGGGAGACUGGGUUCUCGUGCAUGCGGCUGCUGGAGGCGCUGGGUUUCUGAUGACCCAGGUUCUGAAGAAGCUCGGCGCAAAGGUCAUCGGCACCGCUGGCGGUCCCGAGAAGGUUGAGCUGGUCAAGAGUCUCGGAGCCGACCAUGUCAUCGACUACCGAAGCGAGCAGGGCAAGGACUGGGUGUCGACAGUCAUGUCUUUGACGGAAGGGAAGGGUGUCGAUGUUGUCUAUGACUCGGUUGGUAAGGAUACGUGGGAGGGGUCUCUUGCUGUCGUCAAGAGAAAGGGCACCAUUGUUUGGUUUGGUAAUUCCAGCGGCCCAAUUCCUCCUUUGCCACUAAACAAACUCUCACCGAAGUGUGUCAAGGUUGCAAGGCCGACGCUGUUCGGUUACAUUGCUACCCGCGAGGAGUUUGAGAGCUACUCUCGUGACCUUUUUGAGCUUCUCACGUCUGGUGCAUUGAAUGUCCACAUUCACGGCUUUCACUCACUUGCUGAAGUUGCGCAAGCGCAUCGGGAUUUGGAGGGCCGGAAGACAUGCGGAAAACUACUUAUCAGGUUGGAUUGA